AUGACGAAUAACUUCCAAAGCAUUUUAGGUAAAGGAGGGUUUGAUCAAGUGUAUCACGUUCUGUAUGAUUCUGAACAGGUGGCCGUUAAAGUACACUUUGGAUCAUCAACUGAUCAAGGCUUUAAACAUUUCACGGCAGAUUCAGAUAUUGCGAGGAAGAAGAUCACUUUGCUUUCAUCUACGAGUUUUUACCCAUUGGAGAUUUAA